AUGCCCAGGGACUCCUCUCGGCGUUUGGAGCGGGUGGCGAUGGAAACUCUAAAACUUCCUGGUACAUUUGAUGAAUUUUUGACCUGUUUCAAUUUGGAUGAUUGGCCCAAAACCCCAUACUUGCCAGAUGUAAAUCCUUAUCCCUUAGUUUCCCGGAUGAAAAGUGACUAUCCUGUAGAUACUGUUGCCCAGUAUCUUUAUGAUAAUGCACCGAUGCCCUAUGAAAUUAUUUCCAGAUUGGAAAAAAGAAUAGAUGAGUGCAAACUACAAGUCCAGGAGCAUGCUAAACAUGUAUUUACACUGGAAUCAGAAAAAGAUGAGCAGCCAGGAGAAGAUGAGGUAACUUCCUCUCCUGAAUCCCAGGAUACUUCAAAGAAGAAAAUAAAAAUAGAAGUGAAGUUUCCUACUGAAGCUCCAAAAGACUCAAGUAACAAAGACUUUGAGAAUGCCGGUUUUUCUGGAUUCAAUUUGUGGAAGCUUACAAAACUUCCAAACAAUCUAGAACCUGCACAUCUCUGGGAUUUGGUUCUAAAAGUCCAAAAUUUCAAGGGUGUGAAUACUCAAGUUUUGAAGAAGCUAUUUUUUUCUGAAGCGUCUCUUGCGAUUUUGCAAGAUUCUUUCUGGUGGUGGUUUCUUCAUAAGUUCCAGCCUGAUCAAGAUGAACAGGACCACUUUUUUGACAGAAUAUCAGAUAGCUACGUGGCGCUUCUCUGGAGCAUCCCCAAUUACAUUAAAGAUGCUUUUCUUCAGAUGUAUCCUGACUGCUUGUCCCAAGCCAUUUACAUUACUUUCUGUGAAGCUUUUCCUCAGUCUUACCAUCGUUUCAAUGAUCAGUUUAAAGACGAAUUGAUGGAUUUAAUUUUCCUGUGGAUCAGAGGUUUUAAGCCACAAAGAUUUGCUUGGAAAAAUUGGAAGUGUCCCUCCAUGGAAAAACCUAGAAAAUCCACAGCAGAGAAAGAGCCUUCUUCUCAGAUAUCAUCGUUUAUAAAACUACAGCCUAGAAGGACAGCAUCAAGAUCACGGUCAGUGAGAUUUCAGGUGACUAAUGAAGAACAGCCAGCACACACAAAAAAGGAGUCCCAUUACGCUGGAGACGGCCCAGACUUUCAGCAUUCGCUUUUCAACCUUGGUGGUCAAAGUCCAUUGGUCUCCUAUUAUUUUCGGAUGCAUGGACUCCCUAAUACUUUAGCGAACUCCCGAGGUUACAGGAUCAAUCACAGUGAAAUCUGCAAAGUACCACCCCUUUCUCCAACUUAUAUGGAUGUCAUUCACCAGAGUAUAAAGACUUCGAAGAAACUGCAGGAUAAUUUUGUUGAUUUUGAACACAAAUGUGAUGCAGAACUAGUGGUGUUACAAGAAAAGAGAGAGAGAGCUGACCGGAAGUUCAGAAGGAUGCUGGGAACCAUCACCACGAAACCAACUGAAAAAAGGAUGAAAAUAGAACAGUUUCUCCUCCAAAUGGCCAAUGCCAAGAUACAGCGUCAUGGCUCUUGUGGAUCAGAAUCAGGAACCAAAUAGGUCUGACAUCAAGAUACGUGCUGUGAAUGUUGACGGAAUUUUUCCUCCCACCAAAAGGAAGCAUACUAAACUUUUGGUAUGAAAGGAGGCUCCUGACUUUUGAAUCAAUAAAGAAUGAGACAGAGUCAUUGGACUUUUUCCCCUCCCCUUUAAUUCCAAUCUGGUUCGUUUCAAUAUUUUUUGACCAAUAUAUUUUGGCAAAUCAUGUUUUAUAUUGUAAAGUCCAGACAGAAACCAACGUUUUGGAUGAUUAUGUUGGAAGCAUAUUUUAAGAAA